UUGACCACACACACACACAUACAUAUAUCUUCUCUUCAUUUCUUCACAAAUUUUUCCAUCAAAAACCAUGAGCAUUGGCAUAGUGGAAAUGGCUCUCAACAGCCUCGGAAAAGGCUUCGACUUAACUUCCGAUUUCAGGCUCAAAUACUGCAAAGGCAAACACAGAUUAAUUCUACUCAACGAAACUCAUAGAGAUCUUGAUCUUCCUGGCUUCGGACCGAUCAAAGACGUUUCCAUCGAUAUCAAAUGCGAUAAGGGCGAUCGUACUCGUUACCAAUCCGAUAUUCUCGAAUUCAAUCAGAUGGCAGAAUUUUUCAACCAGAAGAAUUCGGUACCGGGGAAAAUUCCGUCGGGGCAUUUCAACGCCAUGUUUAACUUGGAGAGUGGUUCGUGGGCGAGGGAUGCAGCCAACAUAAAUUAUUUGGGACUUGAUGGAUAUUUUAUCACACUCUUCAAUCUUCAUAUUGAUCGAUAUCCUCUCCUUCUCUCUGAUGAAAUUUGUAACGCAGUCCCUUCUUCUUGGGACCCCUGUGCCCUUUCAAGAUUCAUCGAGAAAUAUGGAACACACAUUGUUGUGGGGCUCAGCAUUGGUGGCCAAGACGUGGUGCUAGUCAAGCAAGACAAGUCUUCCAACUUGGAGCCAUCAGAACUCAAAACCCAUUUGGAAAAUCUCGGAGAUCAACUCUUCACCGGAACCUGCAGUUUUGCACCGAAGAGUAAAGAACACAAGCACAAGACGCCAGAAGCCUUCAAUGUAUUUGACACGCAACCUGUGGCCUUCAACAGCUUCUCCUCCAUAAGUUCAAAAGAUGGAAUCAGUGUCAUUUGCCACAAGAGAGGAGGUGACACUUCAGCCUGUAGCCACUGUGAAUGGCUUCCAACAGUUGCUUCAAAUCCUGAUGCAAUCAAUUUCAACUUCAUUCCCAUCACUUCUCUCCUUAAAGGGGUUCCUGGAAAAGGCUUUUUAUCGCAUGCCAUCAACCUCUACCUUAGAUACAAGCCUCCUAUAGCUGAUUUGCAGUACUUUCUUGACUUCCAAUCUCACAAAAUUUGGGCUCCCGUUCACAAUGACUUUCCUCUUGGUCCUUCAAAUAUGUUCACUCCAUCGCCUGCUCUGCAUUUCCACAUGAUGGGUCCAAAGCUGUAUGUAAAUACUAUUCAGGUUACAUCAGAGGCCAGACCUGUCACCGGAAUGCGCUUGUAUCUGGAAGGAAAGAAAUGCAAUAGGCUAGCCAUUCAUCUGCAGCAUCUCUCAAACACCCCAACAGUGCUUGAAAACAGGAUACACCCCCUACCACUGUGGCGAGGAUCAGAAGACAUUGCCGACGACCGAUUCAUUGAACCAAUCCAUCGAAAAAAUUUCUCUCAUAUAUGCACAGCACCAGUUAAAUAUAAUCCCAAAUGGACAACCAGAAAAGAUGUUUCAUUCAUUGUCACCGGAGCUCAACUCUACUUACAAAAACAUGAAUCCAAGAGUGUCCUUCACCUCCGCCUCUUAUUCUCCAAGGUCUUGAAUUCUUUUAUAGUACAAUCAAAUUGGGCACAAGGGUCUGCCGGAUUUUCCCAGAAGUCGGGUCUUUUUUCCACCAUAAGUACAUCUAUUACAGGCCACCAAGUAAAAGAGAAAACGCCAGUUGUGGUGGUGGAUUCUAGUGUUUUUCCUUCGGGGCCGCCGGUGCCAGUUCAAACACUGAAGCUUUUGAAAUUUGUAGAGACUUCACAGCUGUGUAGAGGGCCGCAGGACAGUCCAGGCCACUGGCUGGUCACCGGAGCUCGGCUAGACUUGGAGAAGGGGAAGAUAUGUGUUCAUGUUAAGUUCUCGUUAUUAAACAACUGUGAAUGAGUUCAAAAAUUCGAAUCCCAUUUGAGUUUGAUUAAAAUUUAAAAAGGUUAGUUUUGUUACAGAGCCAGGUGGCUUUCCACCAAAUUAAGACGAGAAAAGGUGGUGGGAAAGCAUUUAUUAAUUGCAAGCACAUGAGAAGAAAAUUUGGCCAAAAGAGUGUGGAUGUAUUAAUGGAGUUAGAAAAUUGGCUUGGAAAUUUGACAUCUUUGUUGACUGGACGGGCGGCAAAUUGCUUGUAAAUACCCCCCUCCUCUCUUCAUGUAACAUACAUAUUUCUUCAUCCGGAUAUCAUAUUUGAAUUACUUUUGCUCU